UUCCUAUGAACACUUUCCCAACAUUCCCAUCUCGAAUCACCUCCCACUCCACACAUACUCUGCUUCGAAAAACGCCUCAGAAUUCCGUGAUCAACCCUGUUUGAUAUCAGACUAAUGGAAAAAUCUACACCUUCGCAGAGACUCAUUCUCAUCUACGGAAAAAACCCAGUUGGAUUAUCAAAACCUGGGUACCAAAUAAGGAGACGUCAUCAUGAUCCUCCUGCAAAACUCCCCUGAAUUCGUUUCCUUCCUGUACUGCAUAAUGGUUAUAGAUCUACCAUCUUGGUCCAGAAUUAGGCUAAACACACUAACGCAACAUGUAACCUAACCCUCGUCACAUCGACUUACAGGUUUUCAAAGCCGUACUCCGUUGCGGGGACCAGUCAGUCUUUCCUUACUAAUUUGUAGAGUUCUCUCUGUCUGCAAGUCGGUCUACUUUUGUGGAAUCUCGAAUUCCAUUUCAAAUUUAUUUUCUUCUCCUUUAGGAUCUAGGUUGUGGAGUACCCAAAUCAUGCCAUUCACUCACCUCUUUGGAAUCUCUGUCCCUUUUUUUCCCGGCUUCUUCGGGUACUGUCUGCCGCUUUCUGCAAUAAAAUGAAAUGAUCACAACGCUUCAGGCUUCUCGGAGAAGAUUUCAAGGUGGUUACCGUUGAUGAUCCACCACAGAAUUGCCUCCUUCUCUCUGUAAUCUCAGGAUCGAAUGAGAAGGAUUGCCAGCUGUUUCUGUUGAUCCAGAUGACCCGUCAGCUCUUCCAUUCUCUUCGGGGAAAAAUGGGUGUGAUAUUGACACAUACGAGCUUGAUUUCAAGCGUAGCCCAGCAAUUCGAUGGAGAGAAACGGAGCUGUAUUUGAAAUCAGAACGAUAUUACUCUGUGUUUUUCCCCUGUUUCACAUCUACUCUUUGAAUUCUGUUAGGCUCUGUUCGCUUGGAGCCGGUGCAGGGUCCUCUUCAUGCAGAAGCUCGAGAUUGGAGCUUUUCUAGACUUGAUCCAUUUUGGCAUCAUUUGCGAUGCGAACUCCUUGCCGAACUACAUCUUUUGUCUUUGGCUCUUGGGUCUCUCAAACAAACUAAUGCUUCAGCUGUUAGGAGUAAAUGCCUAUAUGGUGCUGUGAAAGAUGUCACCGCCAAUGACUACGAAGCUUCUACCAUUCCAGAUGGAUGCACUGCGAUCCACUUAAAUCUUGUGGCAAGGCAUGGAACUCGGUCUCCUACCACGAACCGUAUGAGGGAGUUAGAUAACUUGGCCAAUCGUUUGGAAGUUCUUCUAAGGGAUGUGAAAGCUAAGGCACAAAAAAUCAAUAUAUCUUUGCAGCAAAUCCCUUCUUGGUUAUGGGGGUGGCAGUCCCCUUGGAAAGGAUGGCAGAAGGGUGGAGAAUUGAUCAGUAAAGGAGAAGAUGAGUUGUAUCAUCUUGCAGUCAGAACCAGAGAAAGAUUUCCAGAUUUAUUUGAUGAAGAAUAUCACCAGGACACAUUUGUGAUCAAGGCAACCCAGGUUCCUCGGACUUCUGCUAGUGCUGUGGCAUUUGGUAUUGGGCUGUUUAAUGGAAGAGGAAGUCUUGGAGCAGGAAAGCUUCAUGCUUUUGCUGUGACCAGUGAGAGCCGUGCUAGUGAUAUAUUGCUAAGUUUUUUUGAUUGUUGUGAAAAAUACAAGAAAAUCAGGAAAAAUCAGGAGCCUGUUGUUGAUAAACUUAAGGAACCUAUCCUGGAUGAAAUUACAUCUGCAUUAGUGAGUCGCUACCAGCUGAAUUUUACAAGACAUGAUACUUCUUCACUUUGGUUUCUGUGCAAGCAGGAGGCAUCAUUGUUGGACAUAACUGAUCAAGCUUGUAGCCUUUUCAGCCAUUUUGAGAUUUUGAUUCUAACGAGCUGUUCUCUGUUCGUUGAAAGUCUAAUGCUUACAUUAGAAGAUACUGUGCAUGUUCAGAUUGCUUUACUGGAGUGGACAGAUGAUCUGGAGUUGUUCAUACUGAAGGGUUAUGGUAAAUCAAUAAAUUAUUGGAUUGGAGUGCCACUACUUCAAGAUAUUGUUCAUUCCAUGGAGCAAGCUAUUAAGUCUAAAGAAGAAAACCUUAUUCCAGGCAGUUAUGAGAAGGCAAGGCUUCGUUUUGCUCAUGCUGAGACACUGGUACUAUUCUCUUGUUUGCUAGGUCUUUUUCUUGAGGGAUCUGAAUUUGAACAAAUACAGAGGGAGAAAAGUUUGGAACUUCCUCCCAAACCUCCUCAGAAAAGAAACUGGAAGGGUAGCAUGGUGACACCCUUUGCUGGCAACAUUAUGCUGGUUUUGCACAGCUGUCUGGACAACAGUUCUAGCAAGUAUUUUGUGCAAGUACUGCACAACGAAGUUCCAGUUGCUUUGCCAGGUUGUGAUAACAAGGAUUUUUGUCCAUUUGAAGUUUUCAAGGAAAGGAUUGUUGGUCCUUCUAUGAAGCAUGACUUUUAUUCACUCUGCAGAGCAAAGUUAGAAGUUCAGCUGCCCAAGGAUGGUGAAACACAGAAAAACAAAGCUGAAUUGUAGUUAGUUUUUCCAUGAAAGAGGGGAGUUUGUGUUCUUUUUCCAUACUGGAAAUUUCUUCCUUGUAACUUGAGUUUCAGCGGAGGCCAAGACUUUCUUCAAGCAAGUCCACUUUCUUAGGUUGAGACACGGCUAAGUUAGACAGUGCCUUCAGUCACAACUUGAGUUUGCAAGUGUGAAUCUGGAUUUCCCGUCGAAGUAAUUUCAACUUCAGGAAGCAGAAUGUCUACCAUCUUGUGGGGCAUGCAGUGGCCAAUUGAUGUGGUGCAAUGAUCUUUGUUCUUGAUGUCCAGGUUUGAACUGUUGUUGAUCAAAUGUGAAUAUGUUUUGUAAUGCUUUCAUUUCAGUCAGUCCUGUGCCAUUAAGUUCAUUAGCACAGAAUCUUAAACAAUUCAUUGAUGGGGUGCAAAGAUAGCUGUCUCUACGCUUUUCUUAUGUCUUCAGCCAGAUUUUGUAAUGCACUAGCACAAGAUAGUAAUCUCUCCUCGUGGGGAUGUUUUGGCAUCUGCUGCCUCACCA